UGGUUGGGUAGGCAUGGCUGAGAAUUGGGAGGGGAGGUUUUGGGUAUGGGGGUGUGAGAGGGAGAUGGUAAAAAAGGGGUUAAACUGAGGGCUCAAGGAAGCAUCUGCAUGUGGGAGGCUGGGCAGGGAUUUGGGGUGAAAUACCGGCUGGAUGUGGGAUGAGGGGAGACUGGGCUUGGGCUGCAGUCCUUUGCACUUGGGAAUUAGCUGUAUUUAAUACUAGAGAGACUUGUUCCUGUGUAAAUAGGCAUGGGAUGGGGCUGUUGGUGUCCUAGGCUUGUAAGAUACUGCAGGGAAGGGGCUGCAGGGCAUGGGGAGUUGGUGUUGCUUGAGAGGCCUGUUGAGGUCUGGUAUUGGGAUUGGAAGAUGGCUCAUUGUUGAGAUGCUUAGGAGAGGUUCUGGGGUGUGUGUGUGGCUGAUACGGAUGGUAUCUGGUAGAGGCUUUACAGGUCAUGCACAGGAUAAAUAUUCAAAGGGUGUUGGGAGGGGUGGGUGAGUAGUGCCAGAGUAAGGGGUUAUAGUGGAAGAGGCUGCCUUUGGGUCAAGCAGCAGAAGUUGAGAAGCUUUCUGAAUGAAGCUUGAGUGUGGGUUUUCUGUAUGCAGACUCUUUUCAGAGCUUCCAUGUUAGGAUAGCUGAAUAAGAUACUAGGUGUGGGCUGAGGAUCUAUGGGAAAUUGUCAGAGAAAAGGUGGGGCUUGGGUAGUGUUGGGAGAGGAGUAGUUGGCGAAGGUAGGUGGCUUAAAGAAUAAAGAUGCAGCAGCGUGUGGAAAGGCAGAGGUUGGCUGGUUUGGUAGAGGGGGCUAAGAAUUUGAGAAGUUGCAUAGGUAGUAAUUGGGAGUUGGGACUCAGUGGUACAUGGAUAUUGGACAGGCAGAUCAGAGGUAGUUUUGUGAAAAUGGGGUGAAUGCUGUGAGUGUUUGCAUUUAGACAGGAUCCUGCUUUGAAAUAGCUAUCUGGCUGUGGAAGGUAGUGAACAUGGAGUUGGUUAUAAGAGUUUGGGAGAGGUGGUUUUGACUGGGCUAUAGUAGAUUUUGUGGGAUUAUCAAAACUGGUUAGGAAGAACUGACUAGAUUAGGAAGGGAGUUGGAGAUGAGGGGAAAACAAAUGGUUUGAAAGGGAGAAAUUUCAAACAAUUUUUUGUGGGGAUGCUGGUGGGGUGGGGGAGUGGAACCUGUGUGGUGAAGUUAAGCUGACAGAGGAUGAAGGGGUGUAUUGCGGAGAGGGGUAGAGUAUGAAGAGAAGCAACUGGAACCUGGUUGAAGUUAUUUGAUAUGUCUAAUGGAAGUAGGAAGAAGAAGAAAGUAUGAGACCUGCCAGGAGCAAGUCUGGUGAAGAAGGGUCUGAAGGAAUGUAGGCCUGAUCAUUAGGAAUGCUGAGGUCCACUAACUGGAGCCAGGUGUAGAAUACUGCUGGAGGUGGGGAGCCAGAGGCACAUUGGUGGCUAAGGGGAAGGAGCCAGUCACCUGCUUAACCUUAAGGGAAGCUUCCAUUGGCACCAGUGGACCCAGAUUGGAAUUCCGUGUGUAUAUCCAUGCUGUCAUGUAAACCGUCCAGAGACGUUCAUGUUGGGAAGGGGUCUGAAACGCAAGCUGAGUGAUUAUGAAGAGAACAUGGCUGGUAUGUCAAGUGCCUUUGAUUCCAGUCGAAAUAUGCCGUAUCCACUCAAGAGGCAGUUGGUGCUCAAUGUGUGCCUCAACAAAUUACAGACAUACAAGAUGCUGGUAGAACCAAAUUUGCACCGUUCUGUCCUUAUAGCCAACACAGUCAGGCAAAUCCAGGAGGAAAUGAGACAAGAAACAAGCCAGCAGCUUAUAAAUAUGUGCACUGGCCUUGGUGCCAGCCCAUCCAGUUGCACAGGCUUAGAUUUGUCUGGAAUGCCUUCACAAUUUUUUCCAGGUUUUAAUCAGCAGGAAUCAAACAGUUAUGAACUACGUCCUGUGGAAUGCCCAAUGGAAAAUGGCUUACUGAUGGUUUCGGAUAAUGACAUGUCAUCUGCCAUUUCCUCUAUGCUGAAAGACCUAGACUUCAUGGAGGAUGUGAGCCCGCCUACCUACCUUGCUGGAUCUGGAGAUGAUCAAUUCAAGGCUCCUGAGACUCCAGGUCUUCGGCCAGAUGAUGAUAGACAAGACUUGAAGGGAGUAGAAUGUGCAUUUGGUUCCUUUGAAAUUUCAAACUCAACUAGUUACUUGAAAGACUUGGCUAUCGAUGACAUCUUUGAAGAUAUUGACACUUCAAUGUAUGAUUCAGAUUUUGACUGUCCCUCACUAGCUCCUCCAAGACCAUCGCCUGUGGCUCCCACAGAAGAGAUUUUGAAAACCUUCCCUUCUUGCAAUUCUUCCUCUGCAACUAACAUCCCAAUAUGUAGAAGUGAUCUGAGUGAAUUGGACCAUAUCAUGGAGAUUCUUGUUGGGUCCUGACACUUUAAAAAAUAAAUCAGUAAAUCCAAAGAUGCUUUUCCCCCUGUGCUAAUGCUGGUUUGGAGCAAAACCCACAAAGAAGGGAGUGAGCUGCAAAGUGUUAAGUCAAACUGGCAACUAGAAGCACUGUCCUUGAGCAGCCCUCAAUCUCUCCAAAACUCAUUUAUAUAAACCAAAAAAGAAAAGUGGCAGGCUGUUCUAUCAAAUGAAGUAUUUAUUAAACCAAUUGUGCAAUCUUUGCCCCCCAUUUUGGGGUCCUUCUAGGGUAUGUGCGAGGAAUGUCUCUUGCACAUUCCACUUUUACCCUUAUUCCAACAGAACUAACUUUUUAUGUGCAAUUUUAUAAUCUGAAGAAUUUGCAAAACAGCAAUGAAUUUUCAUAAGAGGGGAAAGUAUCUUCUGAAGUUUGAAGAUUCUAUUUUUAAUAUCGAAAUACAUGCUGGGUUGGCAUUCACUGUUGCUGCAUACUUGAACAUGCAGCCUCAGAAAAUACAACUAUAUUUUAAAAAUAGAGACAGCUGAUCUCUCUUCCCUUUUGUUGAAGGAGCCUCAAGGUGCUCAGCAGCAAAAUACCUUGCAUUUUGUAAAGCAUUCGCAACUAUUUAUUUUUGUAAAUUUUAUAGUCUUUCUACAUUUUACUACAUGGUUUCAUCAUAGAUUAUGAACUUUCUGAUUGGAUGUGGCUGGCACUACCUCUUUAAACAGAAAUACUUUAUAACUCUUUCCAGUGCUUUGUCUAACACUGCAGAACAUUUCGUUUUCUUCGAUGGUAUUUGUGGUGGCAUAAGCAACUUCAUCAGCAACUUGGCUGGCUGGUGAAAUUUAAUGGUAUUUAAGUGUACACAUUUACAAAUGUAAUUUAUAUGUAGAUUGUCCAAUUUUAAACUUCGUCAGUAUUAUGUGCAUCAAUUUUGGGGUAAUUUGGUAUUUUUUAAACUGGUAUUUACUGUACAGGUAGAACUAUUUUAAUUCUUUGGAGAAUAUUGUGUUUGCAACCAUUUUUUAGAUUUUUAUGUGCAAUAUAUCACUUAAAUUGAACUUUUUUUGCACACCCUGUAUUAUAAGGAAAUGCAUUGAAUCCAUAUGACAGGUAAAAAAAUUCAAGGUAUCGCCCAAUAGCCAGUCACUGAAACGUCCCCUGCACAGAGUCUGGGUAAGCCCUGUAGGAGUGGAGUGAGCUGUGCCCAUCUCUGUUCAUGCACCUUCCCCUUUCCUUGUUUGGGGAGCUCUACUUUUAGGUAAUUAAGUUCACCAUGGCUUAUACUCCUCUGUGGCUGUUUAAUUCUUUCCUCACAUGGCAGUGUAAUAAUCAAGGUCACUCCAUCAGAGGUUUAGGAUACAGAGGGCAGGAAUCACUUAGUGCAUGACAAAAGCUGCACAAUUUAGAAAGAGCUAAGUGGUAUUGUGGAGAAUAGCAGAAAUUGUGCCCCCAUGUCUUCAGUUUUAGAUGCUGCCUCUUCUGUCCAUACUGCCAAGGAUCCCCACAUCAGUUUAUACUUCUGCUCUAACUGCACUUGAGUUAGAUUAACCAUUUCUCUCACUUUCUUCCAACACCAGUGGUGGUGAUAUGACAGUGGAUAUAUCGUUGCAGUGGGCAAUGUGGUAUGAUUCCUUCAUAUGUUAUCGAAUGUUAUCCCAGCAUUCCCUAGAGGUGAUGUAAACUUUUUCCUGGGGACAGACUGGCUCAAUAGCAAUGCAUUUUCAGAUGAAAUAUUGCGUCCUAGACAAGGAAGCUCGUUACCACCAGCAGAGCAACCAAUACAUUACAAUAUGUUUCUGACACUGAAGAGGUGAUUCUAUCGAUCAUAUGACUUAGAUUGAGAAAACUGUUCAUACAUAUGUGGCUUUGGUAGUAAUCUUGCUAUUGCAUGUUAUCACCUGUCUCACUUUUAGAAGUUUGUCACUCUUUCCUUUAAUAUUUUCAUUUUACUGGUAAGAGAAAUCAGCCAAAUUUCACUAGAAUUUCAAAAAUGAAACACACACCUAUUUGUUCCAUCCCUAAAGAAAUUAAAUAUUCACAGUUCUGAACCUGAGACAGUGUUAAUUUGUUUAGUGCUGAUUCUCUGCCACCACUAAUGUCUGAGCCAGGUGCCAGAACUAAUGCAAAAAGCAGUUCCAUUCUGUUGACCCAAUGCCUAGUUUGGCAACUGAAAAGUAUAUACCCGCAGUGUGCAAAUGGAUCUAAAUCCUAGUAGCAGCUCUCCUGUGGGCAAAACAGUGUCCAUCUUGGGUUUAAAGGGAUUAGGUAGGAGAUGCUUGUGUCUCAGAAUGUACACAAAUUGUGCAUAAAUGCUUCUCUGUAUGUAAAAAUGGGAAGGGCCUUCUGCACUGUGAUGAAGCAGAACUGUGGUUAAAGAAGUAUUUUUAAAAUUUCUCUGAUAAUAAAUAUUUCAGUCUAA